AUGAGCAACGCUGAUAGAAGAAAUAAGAUACCGGCAGCACCGACACUUACUACUGGUGGCAAUCUACUUUCAAAUGUUGCUCCACCUACUGAACUUCCAAACUUUGUCACGACAGUUCCUACUCCAGCCGCACCAGCUCCUUAUAACUCUGAGGUACCGCAGGUAGUUCCAGCAGUGCAAGUACUAGCUUCAGAAGCUAGUCAAGAUGUAGAAGCAAAGAAACCUGUUCAAGAGUCACCUCAGAGUAAUUUUUAUUACCUUCCCUUAGUCUUAUUUAUUUUAAUAAUUAAAAUAUCCAUAUUUUGUAGCCCAGCUAUUCCACUAUCUAAAGGGGAGCCUACUUUGCCCAUUAGGUCUCCAGAAGACUCAUUGACAACACUCUCACCAGAAUCCUUACCUGAAUCUAUUUCAGAAAGUGAUAAACUUGGAGAUGUUAUGCCCGGAAGUGGAAUUUUAACAUGGAUGAAAGGUGCUGUUGCUAGUGGAGGCAUAUUACAAAGGGUCGCUGAGAAAGCUAAGAGCUCAGUCGAUUCUAUGAUAACCACCCUGGAUCCACAGAUGAAAGAAUAUUUAAGGAGUGGGGGUGAUCUGUGCAUAGUAGUUGCUUCAGACAAAGAAGUAAAGAUUUCACCGGUCAGGGAAGCUUUUCAAACUGUUUUCGGAAAAGCAACUGUAAUCGGGUACAAGGCUGACAGUGACGUCACAGCUGCCCAGCCCGUAGGCUACGCGUCAGCCUAUGCCGCCGCAAAACAGCGUAUUGCGUACAUACGCUCUGUGCAUAGCGAGUUUACAAAUAACGUGCCUGUGCUCGCUGUGGAAGGGUUUAUACAAGAGACAGUGACUGAUAGAUGGUACGAGAUGUCGCUACUAGUGCUGUCGCAGCCGUCCCUCGGCAUCGAGCUCCAGAUGCAGUCGCAAGCGACCCCCGUGCCGGGCGCGGCCGUGGCCGCCGCGCGCGCCGCCUCGGAGGGCUAUGCGCAUGCGCUCACCGGCUACAGCGUCACCGUGGGCUCCAUCAUGGCGACCAACUUGCAGGUACCACAUACACAAUGGCAAGAAGCUUCAACAGGUGUGUCACGGAGAGAAAUCCUGUUAUUUGCAGCAAGAUCACUGGCAGGUUCCUACAAAAAGUUAUUGGCAGUUGCAGCUGAGUCUUAAAAAUGUCCAAUAUUGAAUUUCAUCAAAGGCUAAUUAUAUCAAAUCGUGUAAGUGGUCUGAAAUUAAUUAAGUUUGUUUGAAAUAAAUUGUAAAAAGAAUGACUACGACAAUAA